AUGAAGAAAAGGUUCAGGUCAGCCUCUCCACGAUUUUUCGGAACUCUUUUCGGGAUCGUCGUCGGAUGUCUUGCACUCACUGUCGUUCACUUCUUCACUCCUCGGACUCGCCUCCAGUAUCCCUUCACGCGUUAUCUCAUGGUUUGAUUUUCAUGGUUUCUGUUCUGAGAGACGGUUGCAGCUUCUGCACAUGAUGCUGGUGGUUUUGGUACCUCUGGUUGUGUCUGCGGCUCUCAAUAUUCUGCUCAUUUUGGCUCUCAAACGGAAUACGAUGCCCAUUCGGAUGCUUAACGACAGCCAUGUUCAACAGUCUCUCAUCACUGCGCGCAACAAGAUUGAACGAAAGGUUUUUUUGGAUAAUAGAUGAAAUCUGGAUUCUUUUCGCUUACUGCAGCAUAAUAGGUUUCAUUUUUGCCUCCAUUAACAGUAUAAGAUAUGCUACCGCGAAGAAUAGAAACAACGUCUUUUAAGAAAAGUCGCUAUGUUGCAGAAAACGAAAAGAUUUCAGAUCUCAUUUAUUGUUGACCAAAUUUACACGUAGAUCAAAUUAUUAUUUUUUUCAUUUCAUUUUUGGAUUUAUUUUUUUCAAAAGGUUGUAACUUGUAGACUAGUCAUUAAUAUGGAUGAAUCAAUCGUAAAAGUUAUUUCGAAAUGUGUUUAACAUCAAUCGUAAUACUGUUUUUAAACGAAACCUCUAGAAAAUAGUUUUGAACUGAUCUUCUUCUGCAGGUGACUUUGAUGGUGACCGUGAUCUUGACCAGCUUCAUUGUCUGCAACGCUCCAGGAGCCGUUGUUUUCUUGAUCAAAGAAGGGAACGAAACAUUCAAUCAGGUCGGUUCAAGGCAGAAAAAAUAUCUUUUCCCUAAUCUCUCCGUGUACGUCAGAUACAAAGCUUUUUGUAUUUGUGAGGUCGCUUUCCGGCUUUCCAGCCCACUCAAAACUACAAAUUACCGGUUGGCGGAGAGGCAAAUUAGAGACCUAGAGACGGAGAUCACGCAAUUUAGCUCAAUAAUUAGACGGUUCGAAGCAGUAUUUCUAUAGGCUAAGUUUUCAGGACGCCAAUCACAUCCUGCUGCAGACAAUUUGCAACUGCCUCGCAGUAACCGGCAAGGUAGCUCUUUCGUUUUCACUUCGGAGACGAGCCACAAAUCCUUGUAGGUUCUCAACUUCCUGCUCUUUUGCCUCUCUUCGGAGCAUUUCCGCGCGCUCUUGCGCAAACGACUGCUUUCCAUUUUGACGACCUGCUCUGCACGGAAAGCCCGUGGCAACAACUACAGCUCGGCGACCAAGACGUUCAGCGUUCCUCUCAACGAGUUAUGA